AUGGCGCCGUGCGCCUCAAUCAGGUGUGGGCCCGCAGCGAGCCCGCUCAUUUGCAUGUCCAAGUAUGAGGGAAUUCCUCUUAGGAAGAAACCGGGCUUUGAUGUGGCCAUUCCCACUGGAUUAUGGACUAAAAUAGACAGUAAUGGAUCAGUGAAGUCAUUCAUCAGCAGUGUGGCGGCCAGGCUCCUUCACCUCUUUAACCAGGAGCUGCUUCAAAGAGAAAACCGUGAGCUGUGGCCUCAGUCUGAGGUCAAUGGGACUGGAGUCAAACCCUCAUGUGGGUGA